UUUGUAAUUGGUGAUAAAAAAUUUGAAUUUCUUGCAUUUUCAUCGAGCCAGUUGCGGGAUAAUUCAGUGUGGAUGUUUGCAUCAAGACCUGGCCUUACUGCAAUUGAUAUAAGAACUUGGAUGGGUGAUUUUUCGCAGAUCAAGAAUGUGGCAAAAUAUGCUGCCAGACUUGGUCAAUCUUUUGGUUCCUCCACAGAGACUUUGAGUGUUCUUAGGCAUGAGAUUGAAGUUAUUCCUGACGUAAAGGUUCAUGGAACCAGCUAUGUCUUUUCUGAUGGAAUUGGUAAAAUAUCUGCUGACUUUGCUCGUAGAGUUGCCUCAAAAUGUGGCCUUCAACAUACACCAUCUGCUUUUCAGAUUCGUUAUGGUGGAUAUAAAGGUGUUGUGGCUGUUGAUCCAUAUUCAUCAAUGAAGUUAUCUUUGAGAAAGAGCAUGUCGAAAUAUGAAUCAGACAACAAUAAGUUAGAUGUCCUUGAGUGGAGCAAAUAUCAGCCUUGUUUUCUUAAUCGUCAACUGGUUACUCUCUUGUCUACACUUGGAGUGAAAGAUGAUGUUCUCGAACAGAAGCAAAAGGAAGCUGUAGAUCAGCUUGAUGCUAUCUUGCAUGAUUCUUUGAAGGCACAGGAGGCUUUGGAAUUGAUGUCUCCUGGAGAGAACACUAAUAUUCUCAAGGCAAUGCUGAAUUGUGGUUAUAUGCCUGAUGCUGAGCCCUUUCUUUCAAUGAUGCUGCAAACCUUCCGCGCAUCGAA